AGACAGGCGCGCAGGCGCGCGGGCGCGGCUGGCCCGGUUGUCAUGAGAGCGGGGCUGCGGCCCGGGCGCUGGGCGGAGGCGGCCCGGGCUGCUCCUCGGCUGCCACCAAAGGGGCGGCGGCCUGGGGCUGGGGGCGGCCGGCGGCGGCGGCAGCGGCGCCCCCCGAGCUCCGCACGAGGGAGCUGCAGCCCGUGCAGGUCCGGAACCCGCCGGCCGUGUCCCUCCGGCCCCCGCGGCCUGGGCCGCUGCGCCGGCAUCCCGCGUCUCCGCAGAUUCUGCCAGUUCCCGCAAGAGAUCGUCCUUCAGAUGGUGGAGAGGUGUCGAAUAAGAAAGCUGCAGCUGCUUGCCCACCAGUACAUGAUCUCCAGCAAAAUCGAGUUCUACAUCAGCGAAAGCUUGCCCGAAUAUUUCGUACCCUAUCAAGCAGAGCGGUUUCGCAGACUUGGCUAUGUCUCCCUCUGCGAUAACCAGAAGACUGGCUGCAAAGCCCGCGAGCUCAAGUCCGUGUACGUGGAUGCAGUGGGGCAGUUUCUUAAGCUGAUAUUUCACCAGAACCAUGUCAACAAGUACAACAUCUAUAACCAGGUUGCUUUGGUUGCUGUAAAUAUCAUUGGAGACCCUGCAGAUUUUGGUGAUGAAAGCAAUGUUACCUCUAGGGAGAAGUUGAUUGACCAUUAUCUGGGGCACAACACGGAGGAUCCAGCCCUCGAGGGGACUUACACUGGGAGGUCUGACUAUAUCUCUCCAUUGGAUGACUUGGCUUUUGACAUGUACCAAGAUCCUGAGGUUGCACAGAUAAUACGCAAGUUGAACGAAAGGAAGCGGGAAGCUGUCCAAAGGGAGCGUUAUGAUCACGCCAAGAAACUGAAGCAAGCUAUUGCUGACCUGCAGAAGGUGGGUGAGCGCCUGGGGCGGUACGAGGUGGAAAAGCGCUGUGCGGUAGAGAAGGAGGACUACGACCUGGCCAAGGAGAAGAAGCAGCAGAUGGCAAGCUACCGCGCCCAGGUGUACGAGCAGCUGGAGCUGCACGGCCUCCUGCACAGCCAGCUGGAGGUGCGGAGGCCUUUGGACUUGCCCCUCCAGCCCCUGGCUCCUUUCAGCAGUCCUCACCACCCACAGCCUGUGCCCGCCCUGCCACAGCCAGAAGAAGCAGCACCCGCACACCAGCGUGCAGACCCCUUCCUGCAGGAGAAGCCCUCGUCCUGCUCCCCUGCCCCUUCUCCUCCUCGCGCUGCAGCAGACCAGCUGCUGCCCGCCGCAGGCCCGCCUCCACGGAGCAACGUGGAGACCCUGCCCUACGAUGAGCGACCUCUCCCUGCCACUCGCAAGCAGCAGGCAGACGUGUUGGCAGAACCAGAAGUGAGCGAGGCCGACCUCAGCACUGCGCGGAGAGGACGCGUGUCAGGGGAGCCGGAGCCCCUGAGUGAGAAGGCCCUGCGGGAAGCCGGCUCUGCAGUCGAAGUGCUAGGGGAGACCUUGGUCGCCGGGGCCUAUUCCAAGACCUGGUCCUGCCGAGAGGACGCGCUGCUUGGUCUGUGUAGAAGGCUGAUGGAGGUGCCUGUUGGUACCCCGAAAGAAGACGUGAAGAACACACUGAGAGCAUCCGUCUUUCUUGUCAGAAAAGCCAUGAAGGACAUUGUGACCUCGGUCUUUCAGGCUUCUUUGAAAUUAUUGAAAAUGAUAAUUACUCAGUAUAUUCCCAAGCAUCAACUGAGUAAGCUUGAGACAGCUCACUGCGUGGAGAGAACCAUUCCUGUUGUGCUUGCCAGAACCGGAGAUUCCUCCGCCCGCCUCCGCAUCAUGGCUUCAAAUUUUAUUCAGGAAGUGGCCUUGUGUGAGGAGGUGAAGCCUCUCCAGAUCAUCCCAUCCUACUUGCUGCAGCCCUUGAAAGCCAACUGCUCGACUCAUCUGGCCAUGAGUCAGAUGGACCUCCUGGCCCGGCUGCUGAGGGACCUGGGCACCGGGAGCACGGGCUUCACAGUGGACAACGUGAUGAAGUUUGCAGUGAGCGCCCUAGAGCACAGAAUAUAUGAGGUUCGGGAGACAGCGGUCAGAAUCAUUCUGGACAUGUACAGACAGCACCAGGCUCUUACCCUCGAGUACCUUCCUCCAGAUGACAGCAACACGCGCAGGAACAUUCUCUACAAAACGCUUUUUGAGGGAUUUGCCAAGAUAGACGGCAGGCCCACAGAUGCUGAAGUGAAGGCACAGAAGAGAGCAGCCACAGAAGAAGCAGAAAAAAAGAAGAAAGAAGAAAUCAAAGUUCUGCAAGGGCAGUUGGCAGUGCUGCAGGAGAUGCAGACCCAAGUCCAGGAGAAGGACAGUGAUGCCUCGCAGCCCAAGAACCAGGGACGGAAAGCAGCCCCACCUGAGGCUCAGGAAAUUCCAGAUAACCAUUACCUGGACAACCUGUGCAUUUUUUGUGGGGAGAGGAGCGAGUCCUUCACUGAAGAAGGCCUGGACCUCCACUACUGGAAGCACUGCCUCAUGCUGACCAGAUGCGACCACUGCAGACAGGUGGUUGAGAUCUCCAGCCUGACAGAGCACCUGCUGACAGAAUGUGACAAAAAGGACGCGUUUGGAAAGUGCCACCGCUGCAGCGAGGCUGUGCCGAAAGAGGAGCUGCCCGGGCACAUCAAGAUGAAGGCAUGCCACCCCGCCAAAUCAGAGAAGCUGGCCAACCGGUGUCCUUUGUGCCAUGAGAACUUCACACCUGGAGAAGAGGCAUGGAAGGUGCACCUGAUGGGCCCAGCUGGCUGCACGAGGAACCUACGCAAGACACACAUCCUGCACAAGGCCCAGGCUCCACUCCCAGGUAAAAGCCCCACGGGAACCAAGUCAGGCAGCUCAGGAGCAAAGUCUGGAAGCAAGAUCCCCACCCCAAAGGGAGGCCUGAGCAAAAGCUCCAGCAGGACACACACGAAGCGGUGACACGCGGGCCUUCCGUGCUCUCUCCACCUGGGACUGGGCACGUCUCCUCAAACUCUUCUGGACCUUCCAGCCCUGUCUGUCCCUGCUGCCCUAGGCCUCUCGUGCCCAGCUCUCAGCAGUCCAAGGGCAACGUCUGUGAAUCUGACCAAAGAGCCCCACCGUCAGGCCCCCUGCCCUGCAUGCUGAGCUCCGGUCCUGCCUUGUUAGGAGAGGAGCACGCCCCAGAAGCCACUGCUCAGGGAGGACCAGCACAGCAGAGCAUCCUCUCCAUGCUGCCCGGAAACUCACCUAAACCCAGGGGCCCCGGGAGGGCAGAGGUGGGUACGGACACAUGACCAUGCCUUUCCUGCAGCCCAGGUCAUCACAGGAAAGCAAGGCCCAUGUCUGCAGGACUUCUCCCCACUGGCACAGGAAGUAAAGGUCAGGCAGGAAGUCUGGAAAGUAGAUCCUGAAAACGGCCCCUUGGGCUCACACCUCGCGCCACACUCCUGGGUGGUGGCCUGCCUGCCGCGGGCCAGUCAUGCCUUCACCUGGGCUGCAGCUGCUCCGCACCGGCAGCGUCCUGAAGGAAGAACUGUGGAGGAACUUUCCUUGAUGGGCCUGCACUCACCUGGCCACAGGACAGCCCUCUCCAAGCCUCGUUUUGUCUGUGGCAUGGAGUACCUUCCACACUGCCGACCUACACGGACGGAAGUCUCCUGCGUGCUCAGGGCCCAGGUCCCCAGCUCUGCAUCCAUCCUUCCCUGCCACGCUGUAAACGGGACUGCAAGGCACUUGUUUCCAGCAGUUGAAGGGCUGUCUUAGGAUGUCUCCUCCACAGCUCCUGCCCACCCCUCCCUGGAGGAGGCCCUGGCUUCCUUCCAGACGCGCGCUGGACCUGCUCUGUACUCACAGCUGCAAGGAGAGGCCCAGGUCCAUCUGGAACCGGCCUGGGAAGCCCCAGAACAUCCUCGCCUCACUGUGCUCUCUCUGCUUCUAGGUGCCCAGUCCACCUGGUGGCCGGGCUGUGCUUUCUCCUGAGGCCACAAGGCAGGCUUUCAGAAUGCCACUUAGGAAUGUUUGGACUGAGGAAGUUGGUAUGGAACAAUUAGAGCAUAAGUAUUCUUUAACUUGAGCCCGACUCCUGGCUCAUCGGUAACCAUGAAUCACUUCAGCCCGUCUCCAAACCAGCACCUCCGUCAGGGUUGCCCAGGUCCUGAGCGAGAACCAGCCUGCCUGUCAGACAGCGUUCAGGUGUGGGAGAGCACAGACCGUGGGGCACGCGGCGCGGCCGGAUGCCCAGGCGUCUGACAUGCUCCCCACUCCAGGCAGCCGGGUGGCAGCCUUGGCUCCUAACCCCUGAAGUAGAUGAGACGCUUCGUGACCAGGGAAGCAUUCUUCUCUCUCUGAUCAAAACUUAAGAAAUAGAUACACGUAACGUUUUCUGCUCUAACUUAUUUAUAAAAAUACUUCAUUUUUAGUGAUUGACAAACAAAACUGGGCUCCUCCUUUGCUGGUGACAUGAGAAUCAUGUGUUUUGCUGAAAUGAUCCUGGCAGUGCGUAGUGGCCACUGAAGUUCCAGUUACAUGCUGUCCAGGGACCAGGAAUAAAGGGAGAAAAUAUAAACAGAACCACAAGAUCCCUCAGCCAUUCAUAAAUAAAUAUCUAAAUUUGGAAUACUAGUUAAUAACUGAAUUUUCAUUUAUGAAUAGGUUCUGGAUAUUUAAUUAUAUUUAUUAUUUUAUAUUUUGAGAUUUCUAUUAAAUAAUUUAAAAUAAUUGUACCUAUAAAUUUGGCAUUAGAAUACAAAUGUAAAUACUUUUAAUGAAAAUUUGCACAACUUUUUAAUGUUUUAACAGUUUUCUAUUUGUCUUUAUUUCAGGUACCAAAAUUAUAAAAUAAGUAAUAUAUUUUUAUUGUUAUUUUAGGGAUUAAGAGUUA